GUUCCAGACUAAAGAAAGGGCAUCAGGAAGUUUCUGUGUUUUUGAGAACUGGGCAUGAGAAAUGAGUCAUCAUCCUUAUGUAUAAAUUCUAAAGACGGUGAACAAAUGAACAUCAGUUUCUAGCUGACUAGAGAGGGAAAUGUAUCUGGUGAGUGUUAUUUCUCUGCUCAAAUAUACCGGGCUCUUUGGUGCCUAUAGGAAUGGAUAUUAUAGUGUAGCCAAUAACUCUUGAAUCUCAAUAGCCUCAUGAAAUAGUCAUUUGAUGGCGUUGGACAGCUAUACUAAGAGACGUAACCUAGCCUACACAAAGGUUAUGAUUGAUUCUAAAUUAUAACACUGCUCUUUCUUCCAAUAGCUGAUCGGUUUUUUUCUGCCGCUCCUGGUAUUCGCACUCUGUGGCGGCAACCAGCCAGAGCCAGGCGCACCCACACCGACCUACAUCUGGAGAGAUGACAUGACAGGGGUUUCCCUCACAUGCGACAAAUGUGCUCCUGGAACACACUUACGGAAGCAUUGCACGAAGGACAGCAAAACUGAAUGCGGACCUUGCCCAAAGUCCCACUACACAGAGAUCUGGAACUACAUUGAGCGGUGUCAGUACUGCAAUAUUUUUUGCACGGAUAAUCAGUUUGUAAGCGUGCAGUGCACCCGAUUUCACAACCGAAAGUGCGAGUGUAAGGACGGGUUUUACAUGAGACAUGGGUCAUGUUCAAGGCACAGCAAGUGUCCGCCCAGCAAAGGGGUGCUCUCGAAUGGUAAGUGAUAAUAUAAUUUUAGGCUUUCAUAAUAAAGAUGCCUUUUCCACUGCUAUGUUUCCAGUUGGCUCUGCACACCACCAGGUUUUUCCUUUAUUGUUGUUUAUGGAUUAAAUACACCAUGUAGGCUAUACGAUCAAUAUUCUUAUUUUCCAGGAACAGCAUACACUGAUGUGACAUGUGAACCUUGCAGAGGGGGCUUCUUCUCUGCAGAAUCCUCCAGCAGCAAAACAUGUCAGAAGUUCACUGUGUGUGCUCCAGGUCGCACCACUAUACCGGGCGACGACAGGCAUGACGUUUACUGCUCAGCGUGUAAGAAUGGUUCAAUAACACAUGAAGGUGAGGGAUUGAUGUCAACUUGAACAAUAUAAUCCACAAUAAAUGUUGAACAUUUGAAGAUUUUCGCCAUGCAGUUGUUUAGUAUUUUGUAUACACAUGGAAAAACAUGUAUUGAAUGACUGGUUUGACAAUUGUAUAAUGUUGUUACCUUCUUACCUACUAAAACUGAAACUGAAAAGCCUUGUUGUUUAUCACAAAUGGUGGUUGUAAAGUGGUUAUCCCGCUGGCUAUAAGGUGAAUGCACCUAUUUGUAAGUCGCUCUGGAUAAGAGCAUCUGCUAAAUGACGUAAAUGUAAAUGUAAAUGGUCUCAUUUCUUGGAAUGCAGUCAAUUAAUUGGUUGCUCUCUUUUCUAUCCCUCGUUCACCCAAUCAGAUGAAGCUAUCUGUGACGGGGAGUUGAUGGAAUUCCUGGGACUGCAGAUCCUCCCACCAAGAAAGCACAAAAGACUGAUGACUGUGCUCAUGAGGAAUGCGGGGAAAAACUUCACCAAAAAUGCAACUGUCCUAGACCUUCUCACAACUAUUAAGAACAAACCUAGCAACAACAAAUCUUUUGCUAGUCGAAUACAUGACAUCCUGGACACAGACAUGCUGCUCCAUUUAAGACGUAAAGUCAGCAAAUGGUUUCCUCAUAUGACUUCAUAGGACUAAUAUUUAUCAUAGAAUAUAUUCUAUAUUCUAAUAUAUUGUAAAAUUUAUUUUUCACUCCAAAGAAUUCUAUUUUAUUUAGGAUUAUAUAUAUACUACCCGUGUUUUAGAACACCUACUCAUUCA